AACGCCGUUAUGUUACGUAAAGGAUAAUACUUCAGCUAUGCGUCAUUCGCGGGAAGGAAUGAGGUGAUACGAAGUCCAGACGUCCACUCCUUCCCACAAAUCGCGCGCUGGGGGUAUCAGAAGAAUCUACAGGACUAAACCCAACCAAAGAAACACAUGGAGGGCGUCCUGCAACUUCAAAGGCACUUUGAGCUCUGAGAACGAUACUUGGUAACAAAUUAUUUUGGCUGGGUGUCCAUGUUCUGCGCUUAAACUUCUCUACUGGCAGUGGAUUGGAGGGAGGUAUCAGUGAGAUACAGCAUAUUAUCGUGCGAGUCCAGUCAGCUGGUUGCAGACUCCAGGCCCUCCAGAGGGCAGCAGAGUGAAUCCGCAUGUGACAAGAAGCUGCGACAGAAACCUUGCACACCGGGAAAUUGCUUCAGGAGAGCGGCUCGCAGGAAGGACUGCAUCUGGCCAAGCGGAAGGUUAGCCCGAUGACCGUUGAGGAUAUCUCCGCUGAGGACGGUGCGGCGCCUGCGGCCCCGCCCGAUCCGGCGGCGUCAGCCAAGCAGACAAGCCUGCUGUACGUGGUGAGCCACCGGCUGGCCGAGUCGGGAGCCCACGGUAUACCCAACAUCCAGCGGGCAAAUUCCAACUUCAGACGGGUGGCGUGGACGUUGCUGUUCCUGGCUGGCUUUGGAAUGUUCAUUUACCAAGGCUGUGAUCUGAUUAUCAAGUUUUACAAAUGGCCAUACAAUGUCAACAUUGAGGUGCGCACGCCAAAGAGGGUCGAAUUCCCGGCCGUGACGUGGUGCAACCUCAACCCCAUCCGGAAGGACGCGCUGGCGGACUUCACCGACCUACGCAGCUUAUUGGAAGGGGGCUCCUCGAGCUGUGGCACCGCCGUCAAUGCGACCUUUGGGGGCUAUCCUGGUGACUGGGAAUCGGCAGACAUUGAUUACGAAUUGGAAGAUUGUACCAGCCAGACAGUCGACGCCGCCAUCGAUAUCGUGGGGGCCAUGCCGUACCAAGAGAGAGCUGUGACCGGACACAGGCUAAACGAUAUGCUGCUCAUGUGCACGUUCCAACAGAAGCCCUGCUCCCCAAAGAACUUUACAUCCUUCUACAAUUCCCGCUACGGCAACUGCUUCACGUUUAAUUCCGCCUCUCGGGGCGUGGCACCUCUGAAAGUCACAAGAACAGGACCAUCGUAUGGUCUGUCCAUGGAGCUGUAUAUUCAACAAGAUCGCUACAUUACUGGUGUGGAGACGGGAGCCGGUAUCCGAAUCAUGGUCCACAACCAGACGGAGAUGGCCUUUCCCGAGGACAUAGGAGCCAAUAUCGCCCCCGGUACGGAGAGUUUCCUCGGGCUAUAUCGGGCCAUGGUGAACAGAUUGUCAGAUCCAUACGGAGACUGCGCGACCGAUUUUACUCAAGAUAAUAUUUUCAAGGAACAGUUUAAGCGUCUUGAGUACACCAAAGAGGCGUGUGAGAAAGACUGCUUCUUUCGUGCUGUCCUCUUAGACUGUAACUGUGCCUACAUUAAUUACAGAUAUAACGACUCCCAGGCACCUUGUAACUCAUCAGUAAAGGCUGUAAAAACUUGUAUCGAGAAGGUUGAAAACAACUUCACCAGCGGCGAAUUACGAUGCGGCCAUUGCCACAAGAGUUGCAAUGAGACACGAUACCAAAUCAGCUUCAGUAACUCGAAGUGGCCAAACCGUGAAUACAUGGAAACAGUUAGAAAGAACAUACAAGAAUCGAACAAGGAGACCAUCUCGUUGAUCAAAAAUAACAGUUACUUUAUCGAAGACAACGUACUUCGGGUCAACGUCUAUUUCGACUCCCUGAACUACGAUGACAUUUUCCAGACAGCAGCUUACACUCUUGGUUCACUAGUCAGCGAUCUGGGUGGUCAAGUUGGGCUAUGGAUCGGUGUGUCGGUGUUGACUUUGUUCGAAUUCCUGGAGCUGAUGAUAGACAUCUUCGUUCUCAUCUCGACCAGGUGCCGCGCCGGGGGAGAGAACAGACGGAUCGGCAAGACGGGGCAAGAGAACAGCAGACCCCAGGCAUGAGUAGGGACAAAUGGCGUAGAAAAAUCCAUCUGGGUCGAGGGUGGUGGGGGAUCGAUCAGGACCAGUCCUAAAUCUGCUCAGAUGUGGAAAAUCGAUAAGUGGGGUGGGGGUGAUGAACACAACAGAAGAGCUGCAUAUGAAAAGAUUAGUGCCAACUUCACACUUAGGAACCAAACUUCAGACUUUGGAAUGGCGGUUCAUUGUGUGUCCAGUACAACAUGCAUCUAUGGUGGUCUAAUUUUCCAUGUGCACUGGCACGUUUAUUCCACCAUUUGAUUCCAUGACGCACACGGCUCUGCAUUACAGGACUGUUGUCCUUGAGGCAACUGUGCAUGCCACCAAAACCUUCCACUGAGGCGACAAACGUAAGUCUGUGAACUCUCUUUUACCACUUAAAACCUCGAUAAAUAACCCCAAAUAAGCUUUUUAGGGUCAACCCCAAAAUACGUCUUGGGGACUUUGAACUGGCCUAUACCCACGGUCCAAUAUAAAGGGUGUAAUCAGUAUUUCGCCUGCAUCCCACGGGGGAUCUACGACCAUGAGAGGCAGUCACUGUCACAGAUUGAAGUCUCACUCUGCAGUCUUCCUAGAAAUCUCACAACAAAACAGUUCGUAUGUUUGGCGUAAAGUCUCUUUCCUCAUAAAGACGUGCGGGGUGAAUCUGCAUCUUUGGCAAUCCUCCGCAGUCCACAAUCAUGUUUUCUUAGCCCCAGAAAUGUGGAGCUGCACACAACCUCGUCGGGACAAAUCCCCCCCCAUUCUAGAUCUCACCUUUCCCGUGACCGAACAACGAGAAGUUGGGAUUUGAUUGCGUUGGCUCAGAAUACAUGUGUGUGAAGAGGACCUUCAUUCGUUAUGAAAAGAAAAAGAGAGGAGUAGGGCUGGAAUUAGACGUUGGGACCGAUGAAUUAUAUAAAAUUUAGUUUAAACAGGUUGCAAUUAUAGCAAUAGCAAUGAUAUAGUAAUAUUUAUCAGGGCUCAGCUGUACAUAUAUAAGCCUGUUGUUUAUUUAGUAAUGGCUUUUAAAAAAUAUACUAGUAACGGUAACGUAACUAACUAUAGAUGACCUGAAAUACAUAGAGGCCUUCGCCAUUAAGAAAGAUUUAAGGGUAGGACGAGAUUUCAAGCCCUCCAAUUUUUUUAUUUUUCAAAUUCGAGUCGUUCAUUAACUGUAAAGCAAAAGACUUUACAUGUAACUAUUUUGGGUACAGCGAACUGGGUUUAUAGCGGAUUAUUUGAAGUUGUGCAAAGUUUUGGAGAGCGCCCUCGAGCGGGAAUAACGGGAGAGCUGUUGAACCGAGAAGAGACGAAGAGUUGGGCAGGCUGGGGAUGAAUUAUGCAUGCACCGUCAAGCAUACCCAGCAGGAUAUUGUAAUUAAGGGUCUCAUAGCAUACACGUACGCCUUAUACCCCAUGGGAUAUUUUACUUAUAUACUGCACCGCCGGGAAAUCUAAAAGUACUUUCCAAUAUUCAGUGUCCUACCUCCACGUUGAAACACAAAAGAAGACACAAGAGGGUCGUUCACGUUUGCCACAUAUCGCGCAUCAUACGACCUUCCAAAUAUGGAAACGCCGUGGGUUGUCCUGUGAGAUUUGUUUAGCUAAGUGGGAGACACAUAUAGACCCUCUCUCGAUAAAGGACUCUGGGAGUACACGGCCAUUAUUGAAAAAUAAGCAGCGACGUUGUGGAAUAACGCAGAUUGACAUCGGGUAUUGUCAGGCGAAGGUCACAGAAACCUUGAACUGAUAGCACGGUGCUUUUGUAUGGGAAUCGAGCAAAAGUAAUCAACUUAGGGCAGCUCGUGGGAACGAGAUACUGUAUUUGGUGAUUUUGCUUUGAUUUGUAAAUUAUUAUGAUAUCAUUUGCAAGGUGAUAAUAUCUUUUGCUGUACAUAAAAAAUACAACUGAUGUACCUGUAAACCAGUCAUCUUUUCAGGAAUAAAACUAACCAAUGUGUAAAUAUUCGGCUCAGAAAAAAAGUGUUG